ACGACGCCAGCGACAUCUGGUGCGUCAGAUGUGAACUAAAUUGGUUAAAAUAUUAUUACGGAGGCUAUUUAUAAACUAUAUAAGAUUAGAUUAAUCUAAUCUUUGCUUUUGAGUUAAAUCGAAGAUUAGGGUUAUAUUUUUGUUUGUAAACGUGCUGUGCAAAGAUUAGUGUUGUGGUUAUUAAGCACACGUGUUAUUGAACCUGUUUAUCAAAGAUUAAUAUUAAUUUGCUGUUCUUGUCAAGAUGAGUCGUGGUUCAUAUUGUAUGGUAUUAACCUGCUCGAACAAUAAACUUAAAAACCCAAAGCUCGCGUUUUUUACAUUACCGAAGGACAUGAAAAUUGCCAAAAGUUGGAUCGAAUUCUCUGGACGCAAAGAUCUUGACCUGGGUGCUUCGAAAAACUAUAGAAUGUGUAGUGAGCAUUUUACAGAAAACCAAUUCAAAUGUAUAUAUCCACGGAUAUUGCUUUGGCGUGGAAGUAUUCCUCAUGUGAAUGGACCUAAAUCAGAUGUUCUUCCUCAAUCAGAGUCUAAGAUGAUCAUCCAUGAAGAAACUGUUCAAACGAAUCAAAACGUAGCUCUAUCUAAUAUUGAAAGAUUCUGCGUUUGCUGUGAACAAAUAUUAUCAUUAGAUAAUUUUUGAAAAGAGGACACAUGAAUGCAAAUCAUAUUUGUAAUGUUACAAUGGAAUCAGAAGGUUUUACAGAAGCAAGUAGCAGUUCGGCCACCCCCAAACGUAGUGGUAGUAAGCUGAGCCCCUUAACCAACCAGAGAAUUGAAAGAAUGAAGGCUAAAAUCAAUUCUUUGAAGUGCAAAAUAUUUAGGCGUAAAGUUCCCCACUGUUUUUGCAAAGGAAGACCCAUCGAGGCUACCAAUAGAACAAACAUCUCAAGAUUGAUAUGUGAAUCAAAACGAUACCUUUCCAAAGAUGCUCAUAUUAUUUUUGCUAAUGAGUUGAAAGCAAACUUUGUUAAUAAAUUCAACAGAAGAUAUGAUGAUGACUUGAAAGAAAUGUGCUUGUUAUGGUAUUAUGCUUCACCAAAGGGUUAUAAAGCAUUAUCCAAAUCACUCAACUUACCCACUGUUAGGAGUUUGAGAAAUUGGCAGGCGAAGCUUAAAAUUUCUCCUGGUAUAAGUCCAGCCAUAGAGGAAUCGCUCAAAAUUCAUUUUAAAAAUUGCACAGACCAAAAAAGAAAAAUUUGUAUAUUGAUUUUUGACGAAAUUUCUCUUAGUGAAGAGAUUCAUUAUAAUAGGGCGACAGAUAAAGUAAUUGGAGUUGUUGAUACUGGCAACAUAAGGAGAAAUGUUGACCUGCAGGAUGAAAAUGCCAUAUAUUAUGUUAGCGGAUAUAUGGCAAAGAAAUUUCUAAAAUUGCACCCUUGUGAAAAAUGUAAAAGUUUAGUCGUGGACGAUGAAAAAAAAUUAACAGGUCAGCAUCAAUUGUUCACAUAUUUCAAACAGGGGGAAUAA